AUGUCUGUGGACAGCAGUGGCAGUAAACGCCACCACAACCCAGUGGACAGCCUUUGUCGGAAAAUCCAGAGCAUUAAUAUGCUGGACAGAACCUCGAAUCCAGCCUUGCAGAUUCCCAAGCUCCGAUCCAAGAACUUCGACAGCCCGCAGGGUAAUGUGAAGAAGAACUUGGAGGAGAUCUUGAAGAGAAGGACCUUGAAAACAAGCGGCAGCAGUGGAGCGAGUAAUGAGGCCUCUUUCCUAAGCCAUUGCAGUGAUGAGGUCUUCUCCCCGUGCCCGCAAACACUGGUCCCGAAUCACAGGCGCAUUUCGGAUAUCCGAUCUGAGAACAAGACCUUUUCCACUAGUAGAAAUAAAGACAGGGCCAGCCGACUGGGGCUCCCAACAGUACAGAUGGGGAGUUAUUCAUCACCUCCCUUCAGAAGCAGGGAAACUGCCUGGGGCCACUUACUUGGUAAUCCCAGUGCAGAGCUGAAAGGCAGGCCACCUCACGAAUGUGACUAUUUCACAUCAAGUCCCAGCUCCUUUGCCUAUGACCUGAAGUCUGUGCAGCCAACGUUCCAGUCUCCUGUGGCAAAAAGACUGUCUUUGGGAUGGAGGCUGUCACUCGGGCCUAAAGAAGAUGAAAACGCCGAUAUAAGCCUGAUCUGUGAGGAAGACUUGCUGACUACCAUCUUCUGCGCCUGCGAUGUGGACAGAAGAGGCAAAGUGGCUGUUUCCACAAUAGUCGACUUCCUGAGACAUACGACCAGCCAAGGCUCGGAAGAUGGCAGUCUUGAAGAUCUGUGUAACAUGCUCGAUCCGGACCACAGGGAUGUCUCCAUGGACCUGGAAACCUAUCACGCCAUCAUGAAAGAAUGGAUUGACGACUGCAAACGCAACUGGGAAGAGGAAGCUGCUAAGAAAGAAACUGCAGACUUAGAGGAACCGGUGAUGAAGCUUCAGGAACGCGGCCUAGCAGCUAAGAGGACUCCUGUCCGGAUGAACGUGACUUCUGGAAGCCUGGAGGCUCUGGGAGGAGACGUGUCGAAAGGAGACUUGGAAACGUCUGACUUGAUCACCUGCGUAGCAGAUCUUCAGUUCAACAAUCAGAAACUUCAGGAGGAAAACAGCCAAAUGAAACUGGCGAUGGAUGCCUUGGAGGAGGCCAACAACCGGCUCAUGGAAGACAGCGAAGAGCUGCGUAACCAGAUUAAAAGUUUCCAGCAGUCUGUUACUCAAGUGAGAAACUUAACAGAGGAACUGGAAGAAGCAAAAGGCAAUCUGAGCGCUUCUGAAGAAAACGCUCUGAAGCUGUUCACACAGAAUAAACAGCUAGAAAAAGAGAACCAGUCUCUCAUUCUGAAGAUUUCGAGUCUCCAAGAAGAGAAUAUUAAGAAUGUUCUGGAUUCGGAUGGUCUCGAGAAGAACAUUGCAGAGUUAUCCAGAAAUGUGGCUGAACUCCAAUUACAGUUACACAUGUAUGAGAACUCUCUGAUGAAUAAAGACACAUCCCUCCUUAAGAAGGACUUGGACAUCCAAGAGCUGAAAUCUGCUCUUAAAGAAUAUGCUACUGUAGUAGAGACCCUCCGCGCAGAGAAAAGCAAACUGGUGAGCAACAUACAGCAGAUGCAGCAAGAGCUAAUCUCGAAUGGCAUAAACUUUCCUCUAAUAUACAAGUUCAACAGCAGCGUCUUUGAAGGGGCCAAAUCACUGCAUUGUGAACUGGAGCUCGCUCAAGGAUCCUCAGAGAUCACUGAAAUUGAAUGGACAGCGCUGGACAAAUCUUUGGAAAGGGAGGUCUUGCUUCUCUUGCAAGGGCCGGAGCAAGUAGGGGAGAAGUUUAAGGCUACCAUCCGGACACUGGUAUGGAAAAGGCUGGCACUGGGAAUAGGUAUAUCGGAAGAACUUUCUCAAGUGGAGGAAUUAGUAAAGCUUCAUCUGCUGUGGACAGACGAUUUGGAGACGAGUAGGCAAGAAGCCUAUGAGAAAAAACUUGCGGCUCUCAGGCAAGACCUGACAAGUAAGAAAGCUCUCUGGCUUCAGAAGCUUGACCUCUUGGAGGCCCAGAAGGAAUCCUUGGACAAGGAGCUUAUAAAGAUGGCAGGAAACUUGAGGCGAAUGAGAACCGAACAACUGCAUUUGAAGAAAGAGCUUUCAUUGAGACAGCAUGAGCUGGAAUCUGCCAAACAGAUGCAAGAAGACGCUGUCGGAGAAGGGGACCUCUUGCGAGCAGAACUCCAAGAACUAACCAAGCAACUAGAGGACACCAGCAAGAAGGUGAGAGACCAGGAAAGGGAUCUUCGUGGCACCUGUGAGCAAGCGAGAGCUUUGCAGAGGAGGCUAGAAGAGAGUGUUGCCGAGCAAGGAGAGCUCCAGGUUGCCAACACAAGUUUGGCACGUACUUGCCAGGGGCUGGAAAAGACUGCUAAAGGACAGAGCGUUGUUCUUGACUUGCUCAGGGAGAAACUUUUUCAAGGGCUGUUAGGCAGAGUCCUGUGCCAGAGCUGCGUGUGUGCUAACGAGAGUCCUUUGUCCGGCUUUAACUUAAACGAAGAGGGAAGUACGGAGAAGAACACCUGCUGCUGCAAAGGACUUGAAACCCGAGAAACGAGUCUGUUCUCUUCCCUGUCCCGGUCAGCCACCUUAAACGGGUGCUUGCUGUUAUCUCCCCUGCUAGAUGCAUUGGCUCUGGAGUCUCUCCAGCUGAUUGAGAGGCAUUCUGUGUCUAGAGACGCUAGACUUUGCAGGAGUCCACCGACAUCUAAAGAACAACGUCGAAGAAAUGGAUCCCUCUUGGAUGUGACGUUGGAGGCGCACAAGUGCAGGAACAGCAUUGUGGGUCGCCAGACCGAUGCAGACCUUUGUGUCUCCUGCACAAAGAUGGAUGCUGACUUGGCCCAGGAGAGCGAUGCUGCGCCACUGACAGAUGUCAUUUCCAGCAGGGAACACAUCCCUCUCCGGGAAGUUUCUGUCCCUUCGUCAGAAAGCACUAACAGUUUGCAUGUUACGGACCCUGCACGACUGCAUACCAUGAAGGAGAGAACUUGUGAGACUACCUCUGUAGCACAGGAGGAAACUGUUGCUGCAGAGCAGGAAACAAAAGAGGUUAACCUAAACAUCGCAGGCACUGCAGGAGACUCUUCUUCACCUGUGGCUGCAAACAGCGCUGCUGUGGAGAGAAUCAGGCAGAAGGGCAACGUUUCUCCCAAUGAGAGAGAAGUGGAGGCAGAAUUUCUUAGGCUGUCUCUGGGAUUCAAAUGCGACCUCUUCACUCUGGAGAAGAGAGUCAGGCUAGAAGAAAGGUCCCGGGAUCUGGCUGAGGGAAACCUGAAAAAGGAGAUUGCCGGUGCCUUAAAAUUACUAGAGUCUCUGGCCUCUCUGAGUGAAGACAACCAAUCACAGGAGAUAGUGAAGAAACUGCAGAAGAGCUUGGAGCUGCUCGGCCAGUAUGCCACCCGAGUUGCCAGCAAGGCAGAAAUGCUGGGAGCCAUCCAUCAAGAGAGUCGGGUCAGUAAGGCGGUAGAAGUGAUGAUUCAGCAUGUGGAAAACCUGAAGCGUACGUACACGAGAGAGCACGCAGAGCUGGAAGAGCUGAAGGAGGUGUUAUUCCAGAACGAAAAGUCCUUCAGCUCUUCUGGGGACCGAGAUGAAUCUUCAAGUAAAAAGCUCUCAAGCUCUCUAAAGGUACAGAUUCAGUCAUCCCUACGCAGAGUUAGUGUUGCAACCUUGCCCAGGAAUGCGGGAAAUGCUGGCUCUGGCUUGCCCUCGGCUCAGCUGAAUGACACAGACGGAAGCGAGAGGAAUGACAAAUACAACAGGCGCCCAAGCUGGUGCCUGGUAGGAGCAAAGCCAGAUGAGAAGCGCCCUUCCCUGCAGCGAUAUAUCAGCUCGCACUCCUGGACCGAAUCAGAGGAAGAACAAGUUGAGACCCAGAACACUCCCCUGGAAUCUCCCGAGGCGAAAGGAAGCAAGACCUGGAAGCUAAGUGGAAAGGAAAGCGCGUCGUCAAAAUGGCUGCACUCGGCGCGCACCCGAGUUUCUUCCUGGGCCGCCUCUUUGCGAACUACCUUCUGCCGGGCAAACAAGACUUUCUGUGUUUCUCUCAUCGCUGUUGUGCUCCUGGCUGUUCUUUCGUCGUUCCUCGUAGGCCUGUCAUUCCAGAGGCCUGCUGAAGCUGCCCCUGUUGGGACCGGGAGUGCUUGGACUUCAAUCCAGCAGCUGCUGUGGCCCCACACUGGGCUUCUGCACGAGGGGCCCCCACCCGUGUAACACGCAGGUGGCAUGUAAAAUGGGCCUCUGGAUGCUGAGCUGGGGACAAGCCUGCUGUACAUCUUUUAUCAUGGAGCUUAGUGCAAAGGGACAGGUCAAGCUCUCUCUGUUUUAAUGUGAUCCAACCUAUAAAAAACAAAACUUUGCCAUUGCUGUAAAAGGCAGUUUGUUUCAGUCUUUAGAAAUGUUAAGGACUCGCGUUCCAAACUGCAGUCCCACCCUUUCUGGCACUGCAAUUCUGUCUACUGAACGGAUAAUUUUUAAAGCAUCUAUUUUUCUUUUCAUCUUACUUAAGCUUCGAUCUUCGGAAAAUAAAAAUUUCUUUGUAUUUGGAAGUGAUCAUAGCUUUUGAUUAAAUUUAGUAUUUAUUAUAAAACAUGGAAGUUGUCUGGAUUCUGAAAUAAUUCCUACGCUU